CUGUCGCGCGCGCGCGCGCUUGUCCCCACGUGUCCCCUCUCCCCGGCCCUGCCCUCGGCCCCGUGUUUAUAACCCGGGAUGCGCGCCCCUGCCGGCCCUGCUCUGCCGCCAGCUGCCAGCGCCUUGGCCCUGCGUGCUUGGCCGAGCAGUGAAAACAGAUUCUAGACUCGAGGAACCCGUACGUCUAACUCAGACAAGAUGGCUAGCAAAGGCUCCGUGGUCCUGGCCUACAGCGGCGGCCUGGACACCUCCUGCAUCCUGGUGUGGCUGAAGGAGCAAGGCUAUGAUGUCAUCGCCUACCUGGCCAACAUCGGCCAGAAGGAAGACUUCGAGGAGGCCAGGAAGAAGGCCCUGAAGCUCGGGGCCAAGAAGGUGUUCAUCGAGGACGUCAGCAGGGAGUUCGUGGAGGAGUUUAUCUGGCCGGCUGUGCAGGCUGGCGCCAUGUAUGAGGACCGCUACCUGCUGGGCACGUCCCUGGCCAGGCCCUGCAUUGCCCGCAAGCAGGUGGAGAUCGCCCAGCGCGAGGGCGCCAAGUACGUGUCUCACGGCGCCACCGGCAAGGGGAAUGACCAGGUCCGCUUCGAGCUCACCUGCUACUCGCUGGCGCCCCAGAUCAAGGUCAUUGCUCCCUGGAGGAUGCCCGAGUUUUACAACCGGUUCCAGGGCCGCAGCGACCUGAUGGACUACGCCAAGCAACACGGAAUCCCCAUCCCGGUCACCCCCAAGAACCCGUGGAGCAUGGAUGAGAACCUCAUGCACAUCAGCUACGAGGCUGGAAUCCUGGAGAACCCCAAGAACCAAGCACCUCCAGGGCUCUACACCAAGACCGAGGACCCAGCUAAAGCCCCCAACAGCCCCGACGUCCUUGAGAUCGAGUUCAAGAAAGGGGUCCCCGUGAAGGUGACCAACGUCAAGGACGGCACCACGCACCAAACCUCCCUGGAGCUCUUCACCUACUUGAAUGAAGUCGCGGGCAAGCACGGCGUGGGCCGUAUCGACAUCGUGGAGAACCGCUUCAUCGGGAUGAAGUCCCGAGGUAUCUACGAGACCCCAGCAGGGACCAUCCUGUACCACGCUCAUUUAGACAUUGAGGCCUUCACCAUGGACCGCGAAGUGCGCAGAAUCAAACAGGGCCUGGGCCUGAAAUUCGCCGAGCUGGUGUACACCGGCUUCUGGCACAGCCCCGAGUGUGAGUUCGUCCGCUACUGCAUCGCCAAGUCCCAGGAGCGGGUGGAAGGCAAAGUGCAGGUGUCUGUCUUCAAGGGCCAGGUGUACAUCCUUGGCCGCGAGUCCCCCCUGUCUCUCUACAACGAGGAGCUGGUGAGCAUGAACGUGCAGGGAGAUUAUGAGCCCAUCGAUGCCACCGGCUUCAUCAACAUCAACUCACUCAGACUGAAGGAGUAUCACCGUCUUCAGAGCAAGGUCACCGCCAAAUAGAGGGGCUGACAAUGCGGGGCCAGGGCCUCCGCCGGCCGCCCGCACCCAUUGUCCCGGUGGCAGUGACGGCGUCGACGGUGACGCGCUCUCCCCGCCCGCAGCGUCGUGGGGCUGCCUGGCUCCGGCUCUGUUCCUUGGUCCCCCGUAGGCUGCGAAAGUGGUCAUGGGGGGCUGCUGCCGUGGGAAGCCAUAAAAUGACAGCUAAGAAAAGA